CGGCGAGCCGAGAUGAUGGCGGCGGGCGGCGGGGCGGCGCGGGGCGGAGGGGCCGCCACCACCAGCACCAGCUUCCGGCGCUCGGGCGGCAGCCGCCUGGCCGCCGUGCCCGGCACUCGGCCCGCCCUCCGCCACGGGCAGCUGCUGCUCUCCUGCGGGGUCCCCUCCCUGGACUGUGUGCUAGGUUGGUGGAGCGGGACCCGGCGCCGCCGGCCCUGUGGGAUCCCCCGGCCAGGACGGCCCUGCCCGCAGCCCCCGGGCCGGGCGGUGAGGGGAGCGGGGCGAGGGGAGCGCGGGGCCGGCCCGUCCUGUCAGGCUGCCGGCGCGGGGCGGGAGCUCUGGUUCGGAAUUGAGGUGCUGAUCCGCCGCGAGAGCGCUGUGCCGCGGGCUGGGGCACAGGCCAGCAGCGCUUCAUUUAACUGGGAGCUGAUUUCAGGUGGAGGCUUAGCCGUUGGAACCCUUCUUCUUAUUGAGGAAGAUAAAUAUGGUGUUUACUCCAGUCUGCUGUUCAAAUAUUUUCUCGCCGAGGGAGUUGUCUGUGGACAUGACUUGUUUGUUGCUUCUGCCCAGGACCCUCCUGCCAACAUCAUAAAAGAACUUCCAGCCCCUUUGCUUGAUGAUAACUUCAAAACUGAACGAGUAGAAGCAACAGCUGCUAAGUCUGAAGAUUGUCAGGACUCUAUGCAAAUAGCCUGGCGCUACCAAAAUGCACCAAAAGUGGAGACUAGCCCAACAACAUCUAUGAAGUUUGGACAUUAUUAUGAUGUUUCCAAAAAAAUGUCUCCAGAACUGCUUCAAUCCAUAAAAUGGCACAGUUUUUUCCUUCCUGACGAAUUGCCUUUAGAGCCUAAACUAAAAAUGUGUAAUAUGAACUGUGGUUAUGCAAGGCUGCUUCGGUCCAUUCAGAGUGUCAUUUACCAGGAGGGAUUUGAUGGCUCUCAUCCCCAGAAAAAACAAAAGAACAUUUUACGGAUAGGAAUUCAGAGUCUUGGUUCCCUGUUGUGGGAUGAUGACAUUUGUAGCACCAAUACUCCUGAAGAUAUUCAUAGUCUUACAAAAUUUCUGUAUGUUCUACGUGGCCUCCUCCGAAAAUCUUUGUCAGCUUGCAUCAUCACAAUGCCCUCUCACCUUAUCGAGAAUAAAGCAAUUAUGGAACGUGUAACAAACUUGUCAGAUAUGGUAGUUGGUCUUGAAUCAUUUAUUGGCUCUGAGAGAGAAACCAAUCCAUUAUACAAGGAUUACCACGGUUUGCUUCAUGUGCAUCAGAUUCCUCGGCUUAAUAGCUUGAUCUGUGAUGUGUCAGACACGAAGGACCUUGCUUUUAGAUUAAAAAGGAAGCAGUUCACCGUUGAGUGGGUGCAAGACAACUACUUGAGACAAGAGAGGAACAUUUAUCCUCCAGGCUUCUCAUACUUACUCAAGCAGAAAGACUCUGCAUGGGGAGAAGGUUCUUUACAGCAUUCCACAUUUUUAAUGAGCUUCCUUGCAAAGGCGCCUGCACUUGCCUCCAGACUUGUCAGACACAGUGAGCCGCUCAAGCAAACAGGAUCUGGCAGAAUCCGCCAAACUGCUGAGCUCAGGAUGUGGUGCUGUGGCCAUCGGCAAGAAGCACCUGGACUUCUAGUGAUUUCUACUUAGCAGUUCCACUCAGAUUUGUAUGACACUCUAAUUAUGAGUGUUAAUGACUUAUAUAAAUAUUUUUCUUAAUGAUUUGACCCAGCAGUCUUUAAAAAUACACAUUAUCAUAUGGUGCCUUAUUUUUUUUGUCCUGGUUUCUUUGUACUAAUUUGGGGCUGGAUUGAAUUUUGCUUUUGGUUAAAGCUUCUGUUAUGUUGGUUUCUGCCAUUGUUCUGCACUACAGGAAAUGCACAGUGUUUUUAUCCUUUCCUUCAAAUAUGAAAACAAAUAUUGCUCCUCCAUUUCUAUUUUUUUAACAAUAAAAAUAAAGGAUUUUUUUCAUAAUGGAAUUUGUAUAUACAUGCCUUUAAUAUUUUGUAUGACUAAUAAGUUAAAAGUUGGACUGUUUCUUGAAAUAAAUAAAUGAAAGUAAGCAAUUUGUUAUCACACGUUAUUCCAGGAUCUAACUGCACAUUUAUUGUUUUUAAAACCAUUCUUUUUUGUAACUGAAAUACUUUGAGGAAAUUUCAGGAAAUACUUUAGGUGUUUUAUGUAAUAUGUAAUAAUAAAUUUAAGUUUUAUUCUGUUCUGCCAGGA